AUGGAAAAAGAUUUGGAAGAAACAGGUUAUAAUAUUAAAGAUAAACCGAUCAAGUUUCUCUUGAUCUUUUCAUGGCAUAUCGGCCUGGUUUUUCUAUGCAACAAGGCAGAAACAGAUAAAUUAGAGAGGGGAAUGGGAGGAUCUGUUGAUGAAGUACACGAGUUCAUGAAUUGGCUUAAUUCUAAGGAACCAAAUUCAGUUGUUUAUAUCUGUUUUGGAAGCCUCACCAAUUUCAGUGAUUGUCAGCUCAUAGAGAUUGCCUUGGCUCUUGAGGCUUCUCAGCAGCAAUUCAUCUGGGUUGUGAAGAAGGAAAAGCAUGAUAAAGAAGAGUGAUUGCCUAAAGAGUUUGAGCAGAGACUGGAGGGUAAGGGACUCAUAAUGAGAGGCUGGGCUCCCCAACUACUAAUUCUUGAACAUGAAGCAACUGGGGCCUUUGUCACUCAUUGCGGGUGGAACUCGAUCCUUGAAGGAGUGUCUGCUGGGGUUCCAAUGAUCACAUGGCCGGUGUCCGGAGAGCAGUUUUACAAUGAGAAGCUGGUGACUGAGUUACUUAGGAUUGGGGUUGCCGUUGGUGCCGAAAAGUGGGCUACAUUUGGGGAGGAAAGUGUGAAGAGGGAGGCCAUAGAGAAGGCAGUCGCUGAAAUCAUGGUGGGGGAUGAAGCAGAGGAAAUGAGAAGCAGAGCUAAAGCGCUUAGAGAGAUGGCAAGCAGGGCUGUUGAAGAAGGUGGUUCAUCAUACCGCGAUUUAACUGCUCUAAUUGAAGAGUUAAAGUCCCUAGUCCCUUAGGUCUUGA